AUGGCCCAUCACGCCUUCAAGCAGCAGCCCCCGACGCAGACGUACGGCGCCGUCUCCUUCCCAGCGCCGCACAUCGUGCUCGUCGUCUUCAAUCGGCCCGCAAAGCUCAACGCCAUGACCAGCGCGGCGCAGUACGAGCUCGAGUCCUUCUUUGCCUGGUUUGACGGCGAGCCGUCUCUCCGUUGCGCCGUCGUCACCGGCGCCGGUCGAGCGUUUUGCGCCGGCAUGGACCUCGACGAAUGGAAUCAGCUCAACGCCCAUCGGGCCGCCGGCCGCCUCCUUCAGCGCCCCAUGAACCCACCGUCCGGCUUCGGCGCCCUGUCCCGUCGCCACGGCAAGAAACCAGUCAUCGCUGCUGUCAACGGGCUGGCCUAUGGCGGCGGGCUGGAGAUGCUGGCCAAUCUGGAUCUCGUCGUCGCCGCCCAGAGCGCGAGCUUCGCCCUUCCCGAGGUCAAGCGUGGAGUCGUCGCCAACGCGGGCUCCCUGCCGAGGCUGGCCAGGACGAUCGGGCGGCCCCGGGCCAUGGAGCUGGCUCUCACGGGGAGAACCAUUACAGCGGCAGAGGCCAGGGAAUGGGGGCUGAUCAACGCCGUCACCGAGGACGCCGCCGCGCAAGACUGUCCCGUGCUCGAGCGCCCCGUUGUCAGAGCGGCCAUGGAAUAUGCCGCGGCCAUUGCCGGCAACAGCCCAGACAGCGUCGUCAUAAGCCGCGCGAGCAUCAUUGCCGGGUGGGAGCACGGCAGCGCGGAGAACGCGACUCGCCUGCUGAGCGAGACGUGGGACGUGAGGUUGAACGGCUGCAGCAACCUCCACGAGGGUGUCAGGGCUUUUGUGGAGAAGAGGGCUCCUCGGUGGGUAGAUAGUAAGUUGUGA